UAAGUACCGUGCGCUAACCAAUUGCGCCACUGGAGCUGUUGAAAAUAUUUCUCUCUAAGAACAAUUUUCAGCACUUCUAUUAUUGAAUUGAAAAAAAUAUAUUAUAUUACAAAGCAUUGCAUUUACUUAACUAUAGUUUGUUGUUUAUGAUGUCAAAGAAGAAAAUUUUAAUAAGAAAAAUGUAUAGUCCUUGUGAAAAGAAAAACUUUUUAUGAUUGAAAGCAUCGAUAAACUACAUUCAUGUAUAUAAUAAAGAAUGAGCUGGUUUGAUGCCACCGGAUUUGCCAAUUUGGCUAAGUCUGCUUUGAAAGAAGCUCAGAAAACAAUUGAUAAGGCACUAGAUAUCAAAGAUGAGGAUCAAAAACCAUUGGAAAGUCACACGGAGGAUACAUCAGAUUUUUUUGCAUCAUGGGGAUUAAAAAGUGAUGUUCAUCAUGAUGUUCAGCCACAUCGUGAUAAAAUGAAAGAAUCCAAACAAGAAGCUACAAGUAGUAUAUGGGGUAGUUUUACUGGAUCAUUUUUUGAAUCACCAAAAUUUAAUGAAAUGGAUCACAAUGCAAAACCCAAUGCUCAUUCCAAAUCUUUACAAAGUACACCUAUUGAAAAUGAAAAAAAACUUGUAUCUUCAUCAUCAUUUUCAGAAGAUUAUAAAAUUAAAUCAUUGAAUCCUAGGAAAGAAUCUAAACAAGCAGAAAUUUGCAAAGAGAAAAAUAUUCAUGAUCAAAAUGUUCUUAGUCAAGAUGUUAAUACAUGUAAUGAUCUAAAACAAGUAAUUUCAUUAGAAACAAUUGAUACAAGUAUAACUUUUGCCAAAGAUGAUGAAGUUAAUGAUUGUUCAAAUACUAAUAUAAAUAAUCCUAAAAUAGUAGAAUAUUCUUCAAAGGAAAUGAAAGAUAUUAAUAUUAAUAUUAAAAUGGAAGAUGUAAAAAUGAGAUCUGAAGAUAAAGAAAUUCGCGAAUAUGAUUCAGAUUCUCCUGUCUCCACAUCUAAUAGAUUAUCCUUUGUAUCUCCAGAAAAUGAUAAGAAAAGUUUGGAGAGUGUUGAAAUUCUUGGUUCUCGAUCUAAUACCGAAUGUACUACAUCUCCUGAUUCAGACAGUUGUUCUGUUAGUAAUUUGGCAAGUCCAGCUACAGGAACUAAAGUUAAUUCCGAGUCUGUAGAAAUUCUACCAGAUAGUUUAGUAACAUCACCAAGUUCUGUGGAAGUGUUAGGAGAUUGGAAAAGUGAUACCAGCCCUUAUUUAUCUCCUAUAGAUCAAAAAAAUUCUGAUUCAUCAUCUAUUUUAGAUCGAGAUGAUUCAGUGACUCCAUGUUGGGAUGAUAUCAAUGUUCCUCAAAUUAUAAGUAAAGAAAAUGUGAUAAAUCCAUCAUCUUCUGAUAUUUCGCCAUAUGAAUCUCCAAUGGAAGAAGUCAAAACAUUGCAUGAAAAUUUAUAUAUAAGCAAUAUGGAUGAGCAAUCAUCAACAGAAACAUAUCUAGAAAUUGAAUCACAAUUACAUAAAAGUCUAUCCACUGGACAUUCAAUGAAAGUUUUACCAGAAAAUGUAGAAACAAUAUCUUAUUCUGAUGAGAAAGAUGAAGUAAGCUUAGCAGAAGAUUCUUAUACUUCUACAUCAGAAAGUACAGUUAUAACAAUGUUAGAAACGCUUCAGCAAAAAGAGCAAGUGAAGAAUAAAGUGGAAAUAUCUAGUGGUGUUUUACCAAAUGAAAAAAUAUAUGAUUUAUGUUUAGAUAGUAAGCUAACUUUAAAAAAAACUAAUACAGAUAUAAAACUGGAUUUGAAUCUUGAUUCUUUAACUGAAAAACAUAAUUUACAUUUACCAAUUGAAGCAAUUACAACGCAACCAAUCCGUAAGCCAGAAUAUUUUGAUGGAGCAGGUAAAAUAUCUGAACCCGAUCGAAAGAGUUUUGAUCGAUUAAUAAAUUCUACUAUAGAACCUACAGAAACAGAACAUUCUAUUGAAAUUAGUCACCUAUUUAAAUCAGAAAAGAUAGAAGUUUCAGAUCAAGUCUUAAUUUCAACAGAUUCAAGUUGUGAAGGUACUUUAAUAGAGAGUAGUUCAGAAGAAAAUCCACAAUUGAUUCAUAAAUCAGAAGGAAGAGAUUUACAAGCACCUUUAAACUCUAGUUCAUAUGUAAAGACAAUGUUAGAAGAUGCAAUGAUUGAAAAAGGAACUGAAAUUAUUGAGGCAGAAAUACAAGGUACGGAAAUGCCUCGAGAAAAUUCUCCUAUUUCAUCAGAGAGUCGAUCUGAUCUAGUAAAAAUUGGCUCUGAUCAAACUAGUGGUCAUACUAGUGGAGAUGAAUUGGAAACUACUACUUCUAGCGAUAUUGAAAUUAUAUCCAGGUAUAGUCCAAACGGUGAUUCAAGUUCUAUACAAUCACGACAAAAUUUGGCAAAACUACAAUCAGCAAAAGGCGGCGAUCUUUUAUUGAAGACAUUAAAAACUAAAGGACAUUCAAGAGAAUUGAGUGAAAUUAGUGUAGGAUCUGAUGAAGCAAAUCUUGAAAUUGAAAAAUUAUUAAAACGUAUACAAGAAAUGACAGAAAUAUUAGAAGCUAGAGAAUCAAAACUUAUUGAUGUUAGCAGAAUGAAUAUGGAAUUGCAUGAACAAAAUAAUAAUUUGAAAAAACAACUUGAUAACUUUGAAAAACAUGCAGAGCAAAAUCAAAAUAUAAAUCAAAUUACUGAUGAAUAUACGCAACGGCUUUCUGCCUUAGAAAGAAAAUUUCAGCAAGCAAUACGAGAACGAGAUUCAUUAAGAAAAAAUUUGGAACAGUUGAAAGUAGAAGCAGCUACGCGUUUGUCAUCUCAAGAAUUGUCUACUUUAAAUGCUGAAAAAGAUGAAAUUAUUAAGGAACUUAGAGAAGAAGGAGAAAAAUUAAGCAAACAACAGCUUCAACAUAGCAACAUUAUUAAAAAAUUACGUGUUAAGGAAAAAGAAAAUGAUACUUUAAUAAAAAGUCAAAAAGAACAAAUAGAAGAACAAAUUUCAGAAUUAGAACGUCUAAAAAGAUCAUUGCGCGCAAAAGAAGAAGUUGAAUUAUCUCAAAUAGAUGCUGUUUAUUCAUUAACAGCACGAACAAAAACAUUAGAGAAAGAAAUAACGACAUUACAAAAGCAAUUAGAGAAUAUGAUGCAUAAUGCAGAUAAUUAUAAAAAAAAUUUAGACACUACAAAAAUAGAACUAUCUGAAACAAAAAAAAUUUUAGCAGCAACAGAAGUGGAAUUGAAAGAAGCAACAACUAAUGUUGGAGAAUCGUGUCAAUUACUUGCACAAGUAGAAGAAUUAAAAAUUAAAUUAAGAGAAUCUGAAGAAAUGCAUGUUAAGAAAGAAGAAUUUCUAAAGCAUGAAAAUAGUGAAUUAUUAAAGCGCUUAGAAGCGGCCGAAGCUAGAAGUGAAGAACUUUCAGAAUCUGUAUCAAUGGCCACAAAACCAUUAUUGAGACAAUUGGAACAACUUCAAGCAAAUUUGUUACAUAAAUCUAAUAGUUUUAUGAAACAGGAGAAAACAUUAUCAGAAAAAAAUAUUGAAUUACAGACAAAAGUAGAAAAUUUACUCGAAACAGAUCGUUAUCUUAAAGAGGAGAAUAUUAAUUUAAAGUCAAAGAUAUCUCAGUUAGAAACUAAGUUUACUGUUAAAGAAAACGAAAGAAAACGAUUACAAGAAUUAUACGAUGAAUUAGUGAUACAAAAAGAAAAAUUUGCUGAACAAAAUAUGCGGCAGCGACAAAUGAUAGAAACUCUUGAACAAUCUCACUCUACAGAAAUAAUGGAGUUAAAAAGAGAAAUUGUUGCGUUAGAAAAUAAAUUAUCUAUAGAAAAAGCAGCUACAGAUGCAGAAAGAAGAAAAAAUCAUGCAAUGUCAGAGCAACAACAAAAUAUUGAAGAUAAUGAACGACUUAGCCCUAGCACUAGCACAGAAGAAGAUUCUGUAAAUACUAUAGACAGUAUUUGGCCGUUAUAUAAUUCUACUGCCGAAAACAAAUCUGAAAGUUAUGCAAUGACAUUUGAUAGUAUCAGAACAGGAUCUAGUAGUACUUCUAUAUUUGAGAAUUUACAAGCUCAACUGAAACAAAAAGAUGGUGAAAUUCAACAACUUCAAUGGGAAUUAUCGCGACGUAAUAUAGAAAGAGACGUGUUAAAUUCAGAAUUAUCUACAUUAACUUUAAAAAUAGAAGAAUUAAAUGUUAAAGUUAUGAAUGUUGCAGUUUUAAAUGAAAGUUUACAAGAAAUACAAACUAGAUAUGAUGCAUUGUUACAAAUGUAUGGUGAAAAAAUGGAGGAAAAUCAAGAAUUACGUUUGGAUCUACAAGAUGUCAAAGAGAUGUAUAAAACUCAAAUUGAUCAACUUUUAAAACGAGAUACUUGAAAUUUUUAAAUAAAAGUUGAUUGAAUUAUUUAAUACAAUAGAUUUAGAAUUAUGAAAAAAUUAAUACUUCAUAAUGAUAUAAAUAUUACUAUAAGUUUCCCAAUAAUAUUACAUUGUGUUGUAAUGAAGUUGUUGAAGUUUAAGACAAGUAAAGGAAGAGACUGAUGUGAGAAAAAUUGUAUUAAUUAAAAGAUUUAAAGUUUCAAAUUUAAUUAAAUAAAAUAAAA